AUGGCAGAAUUGAAGUUAUCAGAGACUCGAGACUUAACCAGAGUCGAACGAAUCGGAGCACACUCACACAUACGAGGCUUAGGUCUCGACUCAGUACUCGAGCCACUAGUCGAAUCCGAAGGCAUGGUUGGUCAAGUCAAAUCACGCAAAGCCGCUGGACUUAUCCUUCAGAUGAUCAGAGAAGGCAAGAUCGCGGGUCGGGCUAUACUCAUUGCAGGUCAACCCGGAACGGGUAAAACCGCAAUAGCAAUGGGUAUUGCUAAGUCGCUUGGGUUAGAAACACCUUUCACCAUGAUCGUAGGAAGUGAGAUCUUUUCUUUAGAGAUGUCAAAGACUGAAGCUUUAACUCAAGCUUUUCGCAAAGCUAUUGGUGUAAGGAUCAAGGAAGAAACAGAGGUGUUGGAAGGAGAAGUCGUUUCGAUUUCGAUUGAUCGACCUGCUUCUGGUGGUGCUGUGAAGAAGACGGGGAAGAUAAUCAUGAAGACGACUGAUAUGGAAUCUCAUUAUGAUUUGGGAUGGAAACUGAUUGAGGCGUUGGAUAAGGAGAAAGUACAGAGUGGGGAUGUUAUAGUUUUGGAUAGGCCUAGUGGGAAGAUUACUAAGCUUGGAAGAUCGUCUUCGAGGUCUAGAGAUUUUGACGUUAUGGGAUCGAAGACUAAGUUUGUGCAGUGUCCUGAAGGUGAGCUUCAGAAGAUGAAGGAGGUUGUGCAUACGGUCACACUUCAUGAGAUCGAUGUUAUUAACAGCAGGACUCAAGGGUUUCUAGCCCUUUUCACGGGUGAUACAGGCGAAAUCCGAUCAGAAACCCGGGAGCAUACCGAUACUAAAGUGGCAGAAUGGAGGGAAGAAGGGACAGCUGAAAUAGUACCUGGUGUUCUCUUCAUUGAUGAAGUCCAUAUGCUUGAUAUAGAAUGCUUCUCAUUCCUAAACCGAGCCCUCGAAAACAGUAUGUCUCCAAUCCUCGUCGUAGCCACGAACCGAGGAAUGACAAAAAUCCGAGGAACAAACCAGAUAUCAGCUCAUGGGAUCCCAAUCGAUCUCCUUGACCGUCUUCUCAUCAUCACAACUCAGCCUUACACAGAUGAUGACUUCAGAAAGAUCAUAGAGCUACGCUGCCAAGAAGAAGAUGUGGAGAUGAAGGACGAGGCAAAACAUCUUCUGAGUCUGAUUGGAUGCGAUACCUCGCUUAGGUACGUGAUUCAUCUAAUCAAUCCAGCUGCUUUGGCUUGCCUGAAACGCAAAGGGAAAGUUGUGGAGAUUGAUGACAUUGAGAGAGUGUAUCGAUUGUUUUUAGACACCAAGAGAUCGAUGCAGUACUUGGUGGAGCAUCAGAGCCAGUACAUGUUCAGUGUGCCUAUAAACAAAGAGGAGGCGACUGCACGAGACGCAUAUGGCUUCAUGGCAAUUUGA